AUGGUUCCUGCGGUUUUGGGGACGACUUUUGCGGCGAUGGAUGCCAGGGAUCUUGUAACGCCAACGCGGAAUGCGGCCAGUAUGCGCUCGAGGAAAACUUUUCAUGCCCUCUCAAUCAAAUGGGGGUUCUGCGGAACUACAGCCGAGUUCUGCGACGACGAAUGCCAGAAUGAGGGCGGUUGUCAGGAUGUUGAACGCCCAUCAUGCUCGGCUAGCACCGAUGCCAUGGCCCUCGAUGUGCGAAUUGGGUACUAUGGCAUGUGGGGGGCGACUCGCGACUGCGACACCUACCAGCCCGAGAAUAUCCCUGCUGGCGCCCUGACACACAUCAAUCUGGCCUUUGAGUAUGUGAGCGAGGACCACGAAAUCACCGAUACCCAGGGCUCGAUUGUCGCCAGAGUAUCUCGGCUGAAGGAGAAGUAUCCGGGGUUGAAAGUUAGCAUUGCAUUGGGUGGGUGGGUGUUCAACGAUCCACCAACGCAGUACCGGUUCUCUGAAAUGGCAUCCACUGUUCCGAACAGAGAAAAAUUCAUUGCCUCUCUGAUCCGGUACAUUCGUCGGUACGGGUUGAACGGUGUAGACCUGGACUGGGAGUACCCCGUCGCCGAAGACCGCGGCGGAAAGGAGGAAGACUACAACAACCUCGUCCUCCUCUGCCAGGACAUCCGCGAAGCCUUUGACCGCGAGGACCCCGGCUGGAAACUCACCCUGACCCUCCCAUCAAGCUACUGGUACCUACGCGGGUUCUCGCUCGCCAAGCUGGAGAAAUACGUCGACUGGUUCAACGUCAUGACCUACGACAUCCACGGCAUCUGGGACCAGUGGAACAUCUGGACCGGCCCGUAUCUCAAGGGGCACACGAACCUGACUGAGAUCGAGGACGGGAUGGACCUACUUUGGCGGAAUGGCGUGAGUCCGGAGAAAGUGGUUAUGGGGUUCGGGUUCUAUGGCCGUUCGUUCACCAUGUCUGAUACUCAGUGCACGACGCCGCCAAACUGCCAGUUUGACAGUGCCGGUUUUGCGGGCGAGUGUACGGGGGAGGCGGGCAUUUUGUCUUACUCGGAGGUGGUUAGCAAGCGCGGCCAGCUGAGUUCCAACGAAUACUACGAUGAAGAAUCGUCAGUCAAGUGGAUGGUCUACAGUUCGAACCAGUGGAUAUCCUACGACGAUGCAGAGUCGUUUGAAAAGAAAAAGGAAUAUCUCACCUCACGGUGCUUGAAAGGCCUGAUGGUCUGGUCUCUUGAUCUAGACACACAGGAUUAUCAAGCAAUGACCAGCUUACUCGGCGAACGGGCCAUGGAGAGCGCCCUUGUAGAUACGGGCCUCAACAAGCAAGAGGCCGAACAACUCGCAUUCGACCUCUCGCCUUGGACCGGAGAGCUCUGCUAUACAACCCCUACAUGCACUGACGGCAGCAGCGGCGAACGCACUGGCGACCAGGUCUGUAAAGGCGGGUUUACCGCCGUCAGCAUGGCGCACUCUCCCCUCCAGCGCAAUGGCGACUACGAGAUGCACGGCGAGUGCGCGGAGGACUGGUGGCGGUAUAUCUGCUGCCCGACCAAGGCCAUGCCCCAGGAGUGCGAGUGGGUUGGAGCCCCAGACCGGAAUGUCUUUGGUUGCGAACGGGGCUGCGGUGACUCGCAAUUUGAACUGAACAUCGAUACGUAUGUUGACCACGAGGGGCACGGGAGCUGUUAUACCGGUGCGCGGAGUCUGUGCUGCUCUGGGACCGAGAUCCUGGACAAAUGCCACUGGACCGGGUGUGAGGCCACGCCCAUUGGAGACCCGUGUGCUGACGACGAGGAUUAUAUUGCAACGCGCUAUGAUGAUGAUAACGGGGAAAUGUGCCCGAGCGAGUACAUGGGCCCAGCUCAUGGAGAUCGCUAUGCCAGCCGAGCGCUCUGCUGCCCCAAGGAAGACAAAUUCGAAAACUGCGACUGGGCUGUAGACGACUGCAAGCCGUCCCAAUGCCCAACGGAUAAACUGGCAGUGGACCACGCCGCUAUUCCAGAGACAAUCUUCGACGCCAGCCUGACAGCGUCGAGGGAGUGCUAUGGAUAUUCAAUCCCGGCCAUGACCAGCCCCGACUACAAGCUUUGCUGCGACCCGCCGUGGCGAUACGACGAGGAAUGGCCGGUUGAACCGAGCUACCUCUGGAGCCACUACUACGAUGACGAGGACGACGAUGUGAGCUGGCAGUUCAGCAACAACUUUGGAAACAACAACCAGGACAACCGUCCGAAUGACUUGGAUGAUGACCCCGGAACGGACCCUUACGGAUUCGUCAUGCUGGAUGGGCCGCCUGGCUCAAUCAACAAUGCCUUCGACGAGCAGUACACCCUGGCCACGAGGGACGAACCCGGGCGGAUGGCGAAGAGAAGCCUGGUGACCACGAACCAGACCACGCUCGACUCGGUCUUCGAGCACGUCGAGGAAACCGUUCUCGUCUACUGCAACUACCCGGCCGGCUCGAAGGAGUGCCGCGAGAUCUUCUACAAGGGCGCCGAGGACACCAUCAUCCGUCUGCCCGCGCACGUCGGCGAGGGGCCAUGGGCAAGAGUCGUGUCAAUGGAGCCUGUACCUCAGUCACAGAAAGAUCUGCCGUCGUGGGUUGUGCGCAAACGAGACGCCAGCGAGAAUGCAAACGGCGUCUAUGCACUGACCUUUGAUUAUGACUUCCACAAGAUCAAGCGUGAGGACACCCAGGUCAACAUCCGCGUCGACUAUACCAACCUUCUGCCGUACUGGGAGGAGAUUACUGAUUCCCCGUCAAGCCGGAAGCGUUCGAUGGGUGAAGUUCCCAGCUUUGCCGACUGGAAGGCCAUGGUUGACGAGGCCAAGGCACACGAACCUGCUCCACAGGGAAACAGGACCACGCAGGGACAGCUGCAAGUCCGUACGGACCAGGCUCCCAACAGUCUUUCCCGGCGCUGGUGGGGCAGCUUUGUCAACUGGGUGAAAAAGAUGACGACCGUAACCAAGACAGACGGGGGGGUGCUGCCCAUGGGGUUCAUGCGCUCGCUUGUCCUGUACAGCGGGCGUCUGGUCUGUAGCAACGAAGCGGUGACCUUUACCGCUGGCAUGGAUAUCACCGCCGACUUCAACAUGGAGAUGAACGCCCGUUAUGCGUACUACUUCUCCGGGACCGUCGUUCCCCCGGCAGUCACCGACAUGUACGCAUAUGUUGGCGCCAACCCGCGCGUAUAUGCAGGAGUUGGCAUCAGAGGAAACGCCGAGUUGUACUAUCCCAGCGAGCGGAAGAAGAUCAUCGACACUCUUACGUAUCCCGGCCUUGCAAUCAAGGGAAUCGCCGCGGUUGGUCCGACAAUGGAUCUCUGGGGCCAGAUCGACGGGCGAGUCACGGUUUCAGGCGACCUCCAGGUAGGGUUGACCUAUGCCUUCAAGCCUGUGGAGCUGUACUUUCCCAAUAACGACGAGGCCGAGAACAAGCUUGACGUGGAGGAUCUGCACGAUGCAAGGAUCAACCAAGAAGGCCUCGUGCCGGAGAUCUCUGGCAACGUCCGGGCUGAUGUCGAUAUCAACAUCCACGCAACGCCCGAGAUCAACCUGGGGAUCAAGGUCGGCGGCGGCAUUGGGUCGCUCCAGGGCACGCUGGCAGACGCCCACGUCUCGGCUUUUGCCAAUACAACGCUCAACUUCCACGCGCAGGCAUCGGCCAGUACCUCGGGCGGGUGGUCCUACGGGUACUCGGUCACCUUUCUGUACCGCUUCGGCUUUGGGUGUGUUGCGGAGAUCUACAAGUACGGCAAGUGGGCGAGUGGGCUGUGGUUCCCCUUCCCCCAGCAGGCGAUUCCCAUCAUCUCGCAGACCGUUUCCUCGGGCGACUCUGCAGACAAGCGAGGCCUGUACAAUGGCCCAGAGCUCCCCAUGCAAUCUUUGCCUGGCGCUCUGUUCGGGACGCAUGAGAUUUCCAACGACUACUGGCCACAAGCAGACCUCUCCACCCUGCAGACAGGCAACUGGACGUCUUCAGACCUGCUGAAGCGGGCUGACGAUGCCCAGGUCGGGAAAGAGACCCAGUUCAAGCUCGGCUCGUUCCAGUGCACCACCAGUGCCGGCAGUGUCUGCGAAGACGUGGCGUCCAGCUUCAACCUCAAACGGGCUCCCACCGAUCUCGCCGUCCGCCCUGUCUACGCCCUGCAGAAGCGCGCGGCCACCGACUGCCCCAAGCGGAUUCCAAGGCUCUACUACAACUGCGUCAGCUUCUUUAGUGAUUUCACGUUCAACGGGCCGACGGGCACCACGAAUAUCCCUGGCAUCUGUACCAACGUCGCCAGGUUCCUGAACAACAACCGCCGCGGCAACACGGGGUAUACGCUCACCUGGGAGUCCAGCUCUCAGAGCAAUCGGCGAGGCAAGUCUUGUCCAAGUAACUUCUGUGACGCCGACAACGCCGCCCGCAAACUGGUUGCCUUUGGCCCCGGAUUGGGACCCAGAGAACUGACGAAUUGUGACGAGUUCCCGUUCGCGUCGGUGGAGGAAGGGGGCGAGGCAUGGUUGGGCCUCAAUCCGGCUGUUACCACUGGGACCACGCGAACAUGCGUCCCGACUUGGAUGAACUCGAUGCAGGGAAACUGUCACAACCUCUUGAACAACCUAGAGACAAAUGUUAACUACUUCAACGAUCCCAAGAACCCCACAGACGCAAACGAGUACUGGGCAAGCUGGAGCCAGACCUCGUGGAACAGGAAAGACGCCUGGAACGGCAGGCAACGCCUCGCAGACUAUCCAAACGACCAGCCGCACACCAAUGUGCCAGGGCUGACUGCCGACGACCGCCGCUACCCAAAGCGAAGCUUUUUCCAGAAGCGCAACUUCACACUGCACCUCGCCUUCCCUCAGGCCAACGCGAACCCCGAUUCCCAGUGGCCAGAUCAGGCCUUUACCUCUGGCACGAUCAGCGGCGGCACUGGGCGGAAUCGCCCCGUCACAAGAACGGUUGGGAGUUCGACGUGGAUCAUCUGCGCGGUGAACAAGAUGGGGCAGCAGCGGUACCGGUAUGCCGGUGCAAAUGGGUAUUGCUGGGACGGGGCAUCGACCAAGGGCGCCUGGUCGAGUGUGGGGCAGAUCAUUCGGGUGUUCCAGUGCAAGAUUACUUUUGCUGGAUCCGCUGGUCCUGCGAAGAGAGAUGGGCAGCCACUGGGGUAUUUUGGGGAUGAUGCUGUACUAGACAUUGAGGAGGUUCAAGGCACCGAGGAGUUUCAUGCGGUGCCUGCUGACUGGGAGGGGGGGUCACACUUUGUUUAA